CAAGCUUGAUAUUUAUAAUCCUAUAUUAAUUAAAUGAACAAAGGUGAUGUGGAUUAUGAUUAUUUAUUUAAAAUAGUACUUUCAGGUAAAGACUUAUAAAAUUGAUAUUUUAGGUGAAUCUGGCGUUGGAAAGUCAAAUCUAUUGCUGAGAUUUACUAAAAACAAAUUUAAUAUAGAGUCAAAAACUACUAUAGGAGUUGAAUUUGGUACUAGAUCAUUAUAAAUUUGUGGUAAGAUUAUAAAAGCAUAGAUAUGGGAUACAGCAGGAUAGGUAAAGUGAAUAUAAAUGGAGAUUAGGAACGUUAUCGAGCAAUAACUUGUGCUUAUUAUAGAAGAGCUAUAGGGGCUGUACUUGUAUAUGAUAUAACAAACAAAUAAAGUUUUGAAGCAAUAGAACGAUGGUUAUAAGAAGUGAAGGAGAAUGCAGAUAGAGAGAUAGUAAUAAUGAUAAUUGGGAACAAAUCAGAUUUAAAAGAUUUAAGAGCAAUUAGAACAGAGUCAGGUCAAGAAUUAGCUAAAAUUUAUAAGGUAGGAUUUAUGGAAGCAAGUGCAUAAGAUGGUAGUAAUGUAGAUUAAGCUUUUACAUAAAUAAUUGAAAGUUUAAAAUAUUAUAUAAAAUUAGAAAUAUAUCAGAAUAUAACAAGUUAGUAAUAAAAAUAUGAUUAGAUUUAAAAUUUGUAAGGUGAGAGAUUGGAUUAGGAGAAUAUUAUUAAUAAUGAUAGUAGUAGUAUAAAAAAGUAAGGAUGUUGUUGA